AUGGAGAGGCGAGCUGCUCGUUUCUCCCGGAUCCUGAAAGAUGGCGGUAGCAGCAUUAACAUCCUUUACCGUGAUACCAUGGAGAAGUUGAACAUCAAAGAGAAGAAGUUGCUGCCCAGUCGGACUGUGUUUCAUGGCAUUGUGCCCGGCCUUUCCUGCUCACCAAUCGGCAAGAUCAAGAUAGAUGUCAUCUUUGGAGAUAGGAAUCACUUCCGCCGGGAAGCGAUCUGGUUUGAGGUGGUUGACCUGGAAAGCCCUUAUCGUGUGCUCCUAGGCCGGCCAGCUCUAGCCAAGUUCAUGGCGGUACCUCAUUAUGCCUACCUCAAGCUGAAGAUGCCAGGAACCAAGGGCAUUAUCAUGAUCAAUGGAGACUAUGAGAAGUCGUCCGCCUGUGCUGCAGCCAGCAGCUGGCUGACCGAGUCCCACGUGAUUGCUGCUGAGAAGAAGCUCCUGGACCGGGUGGUGGCCAUGUGCAUCUGA